CAACCGCCCAGCAGCACAACAGCGUUCGUUGCGACCUUGACGGCUGUGUGGUGGUGGGAAGUGAGCCCCGUUCUUAUCAUUGUUGUUCUUCUUCUUGUGGCGCGUCGCUUCCAUCUUGCUUGCUUGGCUUGCUGGCUUGUUUCUUGGCAGCUGACAGUCGAGACUGAGGCUGUGUGUUUAUUUUGUUUGUGUGUGACGCCGUGCAAUCGUGCACCACUCCACAGCGACAAGCAUGAGCGACCGUGCUGACGAAGAGGAGCAGCCGCAGCAGCUCCAGGACCAGCAGAAGCAACAGCAGCAGCAACAGGAACAGCGUGACAACGCGGGAUCAGAGCCAGCGCACCAGCCAUCAACCCCCAAAACACCAGAUCGACCGCCGUCCCGGUUUCAGAAAGUGCUGCAAACAGUAACAGAGGUGUUUUCCUCACCCAGUAGUAGCGCCGCAAAGAAAGGCAGGGGCAAGCGCACCGCCCAGGAACGCGAGGAUGACGAGGAUGAAGAUGGAGGUGAAGCGUGGGACACGAGCACCGCUGACGAGCCUCAUGCCUCCACAGCAACAACAACCACCAGCCUUGAUGCCAGCAUCAUCACCUCUGCCAUCCCUUCUCCAGUAAAGUCGCCGAGCAAGCGCCCAGCAAAGGCCGCCAAGCGCGACUCAUGGAUCCCUGCCAGCCUCUUCCCGUGGGCGAGCUUGCGGAAUGAGGAAGCACCGGCAUCAUCAUCAUCAUCAUCAUCAUCAUCAUCACCGCCAGCGUCAUCAUCCCGGCGGGAUUCGUCAUAUGUGGCAGCCAUCUUCUCCCCGCUCCUCUCCGUCUUCCGCACCCCAGACGCUGACGCUGCUGCGCAAACGGAGCCGCCAGCUUCAUCAACGUCCACAGCGACAACAAGCACGCGCCACGCAGCCACAGCCACAUCAACAACAGCAACAGCAACAACAGCAACAACAACAACAACAUCAUCGACAGCAGCAAGGGCGACCCCCACCAUCGGCGCCCCUGCGGACCUGCGGGAAGCAAACCGCCCAGAGAGCCACGACCUUGACCACCUCACAGGCCUCUCAGACGACAUGAUCCGGUUUCUGCGCAGUCCCCCGCGCUAUCCGCUCUUCUCCAAGCCCGGCCCGCUCCUCCCGCCCGCGCCGAAGGACGGACGCAUGACCCUCGUCCUCGACCUGGAUGAGACGCUGGUGCACAGCCUGACCACACCCGUGGCAGACGCAGACGUGGCGUUUGACAUCAGUGCGCACGGCCAGUCGCUGCGCAUCUACACGCGCGUCCGCCCGCACGCCCGCGAUUUCCUGCGCAGGGUCGCCCAGCGGUACGAGGUUGUACUGUUCACGGCGUCAAUGCAGGUGUAUGCAGACGCACUGCUGGAGCAACUUGACCCGCACAAUGAAUUUUUCCACCACCGCCUGUUCCGGGAACACUGCGACUUCCAGUUUGGGAUUCACUUGAAGAAUCUGACGCGGCUUGGACGAGAUCUCCGCCGUGUCAUGCUCGUAGACAACUCCCCGCAGGUCUUUGCAUACCAGCUGUCGAACGGCAUCCCGAUCAUCACGUGGUCGCAGGAUCGCGCCGACCGCUCCCUGGCCAUCCUCGCAGACUACCUCGACGCCCUCGCAGAUAUGAACCCGUCGGAUGUGCGGCCGUAUGUGCGGGAUCGGUUUCGCCUGCACGAGCAGCUGGGCCGCAGCUUCUCUCCGCUCAUGCUUGACCCGAGUGGCAGCGGUGAGGCCAUGGACGGCAGCCCUCCACGCCCCGUGUUCUUCGCGCCAUCGCUGGCACACGGACACGCGCACGCGCGCCACACACCGCCACGCCGCCCCCAUGCGGUCGCCUCGCCAUCGCCACGGCGGCUGGCACCGCGCUUUGCCCUUCCCCGUAGACAACGCCGCUCCCUCGGGCCGGAUGGUGACGACACAAACGGCGAUGAUCGCCAUGAUAAGAGUGGCAGCAGCAGCAACACGAAGGCUGACGACGAUGAGAGGAGCGCCUUUGUUGCGACUGCAUCAGUUACGAAUGGACGUGCGGGCCACAGCGGGGACAGCAGUGCGUUCACGUCCACGGCGUCCCUGACCGCCUCCUCUCCUGCUUCAUCACCGCUGUCAUCGUCGUCGUAUAUUCCCGCUCGACGCGAGACCAUGACGGUGGAGGUGAUGUCUUCAUCGCUGGCUGAGCACAGGGCGCGGCUGAUGGCCCGCCGGCCCCGCGCCCGCAGGAACUCCUUCCGCACCUCCUUUACCGCCAGCAUCAACAUCAAUGAGACACACACUACCACGACUACCACCACCACCGACAACAGCAGCAGCAGCAGCAGCAGCAGCAUAAGCGAUGGUGGUGAUGGUGGUGUUGGAAGUAAGGGGAAGAAUGGCGUCAGACGGCAUGUGGCAUCCUCGCCCGCGUCCAAGAGAAAUAGUGGUGUGGAUGGCGGGAUUGCUGCCUCCACGGUUGGGGUGGGCAGUCCCAUUGCGACGCGUCGCAGAAGAAUCGCGCGACCCACAGCCUACAACACAGAAACAGCAACCACAACAACAACAACCACCACACCAAGCUCAGCCACAACAGCAGCAACAACAACAACAGAAACAGCAAUUUCAACAGAAACAGCAACAACAAAGGCAACAUAGACAGCAACAGGAGCCCAUGCCCAAGCUGGCCAAGCACGAGGCAUGGCAUGACGUGUGCCACACCACAUCAUACCACACAAUAAGCAUGACGACUGUACAUUUGAAUCCCUCGUUCCCCACAAGAGCCUUCGUGUUUGCUUGCUUGCUUGUUUUCUUCGUUCGUGUGCUUUGUUUGAGAGACACGAUAACAACAACUCCUGUUCCUUGUUUGCAUUUUUCUCCAACCUUGCUUGUACAUACAUACUUCCUCCCCACCUAUGGUAGCCGCCACAUUCCUUUCACUUGCUUGCUUGGCUGCUUGCCGUUGUCAUCGUCGCCACUGAUAGCCAAGCCACCCGCGUCCAUGUCGCAUUCACUGGCGCUUGCUUCUUGCUUGUUGCUUGCUUGCUUGUCAUGUCGCCUUGUUGUUGCCUGCAGGCAGCAGUCUUGUCACUGGCUGCGGAAUAAACUAGGAAGUCUUUCGCAAAA